AUGACGGCGGAGAAGGCGCUGCCUCUGGGCAACGGGAAGGCUGCUGAGGAGGCGCGGGAGUCUGAGGUGCUGAGUGGCGGCGGCGGCGGCGGCGGCGGGGGCGCGGUGUCCGCGCGCGACAAGCGCGACAAGGCGGUCCACGAGCGCGGCCACUGGAAUAACAAGGUGGAGUUCGUCCUGAGCGUGGCGGGGGAGAUCAUCGGGCUGGGCAACGUGUGGCGCUUCCCUUACCUGUGCUACAAGAACGGAGGAGGGGCAUUCCUGAUUCCCUAUGUGGUGUUUUUUAUAUGCUGUGGGAUUCCUGUUUUUUUCCUGGAAACAGCUCUGGGACAGUUUACGAGUGAAGGUGGCAUUACAUGUUGGAGGAAAGUGUGCCCUUUAUUUGAAGGCAUUGGUUACGCAACGCAGGUGAUUGAGGCCCAUCUAAACGUGUACUACAUUAUCAUCCUGGCAUGGGCCAUUUUCUACCUGAGCAACUGCUUCACCACCGAGCUCCCCUGGGCCACCUGCGGGCACGAGUGGAACACAGAGAACUGCGUGGAGUUCCAAAAACUGAAUGCAACCAACCACAGCCACGUGUCCCUGCAGAACGCCACCUCUCCUGUCAUGGAGUUUUGGGAGCGCCGGGUCCUGGCCAUCUCGGAUGGGAUCGAGCACAUUGGGGACCUUCGCUGGGAGCUGGCCUUGUGUCUGCUGGCAGCCUGGACCAUCUGUUACUUCUGCAUCUGGAAGGGGACCAAGUCCACGGGAAAGGUGGUGUAUGUCACCGCGACGUUCCCCUAUGUCAUGCUGCUGAUCCUCCUGAUCCGAGGGGUCACGUUGCCUGGGGCCUCCGAAGGCGUCAAGUUCUACCUGUACCCCGAUCUCUCCCGGCUCUCCGACCCACAGGUCUGGGUAGAUGCUGGGACGCAAAUCUUCUUCUCCUAUGCCAUCUGCCUGGGUUGUCUGACAGCUCUGGGAAGUUAUAACAAUUAUAACAACAACUGCUACAGGGACUGCAUCAUGCUCUGUUGCUUGAACAGCGGCACCAGCUUCGUGGCCGGGUUUGCCAUCUUCUCAGUCCUGGGCUUCAUGGCAUACGAGCAGGGGGUGCCCAUCGCCGAGGUGGCAGAGUCAGGCCCUGGCCUGGCCUUUAUCGCCUACCCCAAGGCCGUCACCAUGAUGCCCCUCUCCCCUCUCUGGGCUGCCUUGUUCUUCAUGAUGCUCAUCUUCCUGGGCCUGGACAGCCAGUUCGUGUGUGUGGAGAGCCUGGUGACCGCCGUGGUAGACAUGUACCCCAAGGUCUUCCGGAGGGGCUAUCGGCGGGAGCUGCUCAUCCUGGCCCUGUCGGUCACCUCCUACUUUCUGGGCCUUGUGAUGUUAACGGAGGGCGGUAUGUACAUCUUCCAGCUCUUUGACUCCUACGCCGCCAGCGGAAUGUGCCUUCUCUUUGUGGCCAUCUUCGAGUGCAUCUGCAUCGGCUGGGUGUACGGAAGCAACCGCUUCUAUGAUAACAUCGAAGACAUGAUUGGCUACCGGCCGUUGUCACUCAUUAAAUGGUGCUGGAAAGUCGUGACCCCCGGGAUCUGUGCGGGCAUCUUCAUUUUCUUCCUGGUCAAAUACAAGCCCCUCAAGUACAACAACGUGUACACCUACCCCGCCUGGGGCUAUGGCAUCGGCUGGCUGAUGGCCUUGUCCUCCAUGCUCUGCAUCCCGGUCUGGGUCUGCAUCAAGGUGUGGAAGGCAGAGGGGACACUGCCAGAGAGAUUCCGCAAGUUGAUGAUCCCCAGCGCCGACCUGAAAAUGCGGGGCACACUUGGGGCAGGCCCACGGACGGUGGCGGUUAAUGACUGUGACGCCAAACUCAAGGGCGAUGGGACCGUUGCGGCCAUUACAGAGAAGGAGACGCACUUCUGA